AUUCGGGGGUUUGGCCUAUGCAUUUUCUCCCUGUGUUUAUCAGGGAUGGGUUGUGACUUGUACUAAAUAUUCAAAAUGGCGGACAGAGGCUCAGCGAGUCAAGAUGAGCGCUUGAGAGCAGAUUCUACAAGCACAGCAACAGAAUCAAGUAAAACUGCCAUGGAGAAUGGAAUACACAGAGUCCAAGCUGCUCAAACAAACGGCCUGGACUUGCAGCAAAAACCAAAUGGACAAGCAACAAGUGCAAUCAGCAACAUGCAGGCACAAGCCUUGCUCCAACAGUUGAGUCUGACUUCAGCACAGCAGCAGCAGUUGUUUCUGCAGCAGGCUCAGCAGAUCCUGGCAGCCGCCGUGCAGCAGCAAUCCGCCGGGCAGCAGAGCAGCACCACUGGAGCCAACCUCUCUGCUUCUGCUGCUACACCCAUCACUCAGAUCCCUCUCUCUCAGCCUAUCCAGAUAGCACCGCAGCUGCAACCGACGGGUCUUAACCUGCAGCAGUUUGUGUUGGUGCAGCCAGGACAGCUUCAGCCUGCUCAGUUUAUCAUCUCCCCCUCACCUCAAGGCCAGACUGGACUUCUACAAGGCCUUCAAGCCCAGAAUCUUCUGACACAACUACCUCAAAGUCAAGCCCAGAUCCUGCAGCCUCAGCCAAGCAUUGCUCUGACUACACAGGCAGCAACACCUUCACGAAAGAUCGCUGCUAUGCCAUCUGCUGCACCACUCACAACGAAGCGGGUGGAUGCUUCUCUAGUGGAAGAGGCCAGUGAACUGGAGGAACUAGAGCAGUUUGCCAAGGCCUUUAAACAGAGAAGGAUUAAACUGGGCUUUACUCAGGGAGAUGUUGGCUUGGCCAUGGGAAAGCUGUAUGGGAAUGACUUUAGCCAGACCACCAUCUCCCGUUUUGAGGCCUUGAACUUGAGCUUCAAGAACAUGUGCAAGCUCAAACCAUUGCUGGAGAAGUGGCUGAAUGAUGCUGAAAAUAUGACAUCAGAAUCUGCCGUUUCCAGUCCCAGUGACAUGUCCCCAGGAAUUUGUGAGGGUCUAAAUCGACGCCGUAAGAAAAGAACCAGCAUUGAUACCAACAUUCGUAUUGCCUUGGAGAAAAGCUUUCUUGAGCAAAGUCAGAAGCCUACUUCUGAGGAGAUAACACUGAUCGCAGAUCAGCUCAACAUGGAAAAGGAGGUGGUGAGAGUGUGGUUCUGUAACCGUCGGCAGAAGGAGAAGAGGAUCAACCCUCCGAGCAGCAGCACAAUCAACACCCCCAUCAAAACGGUCUUCACCAACUCGCCGUCAGUGAUCUCUAGUGCGUCAAACACACUGAAUGCCAGUUCAGGGCUCUCUCUCAGCACUGCCUCUGUUCCCAACCUCACACUUGCUGUGCUUGAUUUUCUGUUGACCUCAGGUACAACUCUAGGACCAGUCACCUCAAACACUGCAACAGUCAUCUCUUUGGCACCUGCUGUCGCCACUCCAGCUCCGCCCGUGACAUCCUUGUCACUUACUCCUUCUGCUACAGCAACUCUGUCCAGUGCAAAACAGGAACUGGUCAGGACAACAGAGACUGGGUCCACCAUAGCAACGUCAACUGGACAGUUUCUCGUGUCUCCAGCAGGGCUGGGUGGCGCAAACCUGGCAGCCAUGGCAGCGGCAGCAGGAUUUAACCCAGGGAUUAUAUCACCUUCACAGCUAACCCAGGGGGGGGCGUUACUAAGCUUAGCACCAGCCUCGCUUGGCAAUGCUCUGACUCCAACAGCACUGAUGAACAACACUACACUGGCCACUAUUCAGGCCCUUGCAUCUGGAGGGGCGCUACCCAUAACCUCUAUCGAUGGAAACGGCAAUGUGCUCUUUGCCAAUACCAGUUCAGGAGGUCCCACGCCCAAUCUGAUGACCACUCCUGUUCUUUUCAACUCACCCCUGUCUCUGCUCCCCACCGGUGUGCUUUCAGCAGGCGGAGCUGGUGGCGGCGCUCUUAACCUACAGGUUACUGGUGAUGUGCACCAGAGUGCUCUGCCAGUUAAAAGCAUCACUGUGGCCUCCAAGGCUCAAUGAACAUUUUGCUUCUUCCCUCACUCUCUUUUUAGACAUUUAUUUAAUCCCUUUGCUACUACCAAAUACUGAAACAUUUUAUUAUAACUGCAAAUUUUUAUCCUUGCCCCAGGAGAAUUUGUUACCUGUUUAUGGACAAACCAACUGUCUGUCCUAGCAGCUGUUUUGGAGCCUUCAUGGAAAUUAUUUGAUGGUAUAGUGAUGCUGAAGAAGCAGGUGGAAUCUUUGUAGACAUCUUUUUGCAUGGGUUGUGGGAUGCUUUUCCUGAAAUCAAUCUCUUUUUAAAAAGGAAAAAAAAAAUAACCUUUUGAUCGAACCAAAAAAAAAAAGUGAGAUUUUGAGAUCACGUUAAUCAUCCUUAAACGAGAUUACUGGGCAUAGACGAGCUUAUGUUCACUUUGUGCAAGGUUCUUUUUAUUUCUGGGUCUGUCGUGCAGGUCCGUAUUCCAGAUUUAUAACCAAGAUCCUUGCAUAUAUUUUACGGUUUGAGUCGGACAUGUUACUUCACGUUGUCUCAGUAGAUGUUUUUAGAAGUCUUUUAAAAUAAAUAUAUAUAUAUAAAUAAAUAUAUAUUGUUCUAACUAAUGUAUCAAUUUAUGAACACGGUUAGAAGGCUUUAAAACUAGUAAUAAAUCCGAGGCUCUGAUUCAAAGCUGGGUCUCUUUACGAGCAGUGCAAGGAGUCUUUGUUCUGUCCAACUCUUGUCUGCAAACACUGAUCUUACUUUAGUGCCCCAAUGUGGCAGUCACUUGAGGGCAGAUGAUGUCUACAAACAGCACUGAUGUUAAGGUUCAUGUAGGAGGGAGAAGUUAAUUAGAUUCAGGUUCUGAAUAGAUGAGGCUUUGAACCACAGAUGACGCAUCCCUUCAUACACGAUAACUUAUCCGAUUCAGUUGAACUGCAGUUCGUCAAUUCUGAAGGUCUGUUUUAUAGGGAUGCUGACGCCAGCCUUUUAUCUUAGUGAUUUUCAUAACCGCUAAACCAAAUGUCUGAUCAGUUUAUUGAGAGAAGUCAACAAUGUAGCUUUGCACACUGUAACACUUUGUAUAUUUGCCUAAGAAUUGAGUAACUGCUAAACUAAUAUACAUGGCUUUAUUCUCUCAGACAUGAUCUCUGUGGACUGAGGCACUGAGGGUGUGUAGAUCUGAUAUGAAAAGCUUCGACCAAAGUGGACAUAGAUAUAAACGACUACACGUACAGGUCACUGAAAAGGCCGAGCAGAUCCACUUUGUACAUGUUCUCCGUUCGCCAUCGUCGCUCGAGCAUCAGUUAAUCAUCUGUGUCUAGAGGCAUGACACAAGCUGGACCUCUGCUUUCGUAGCUAACACAGUUUAUUAGUAAUACAUCAGCGUUUAGUAUUAAAGUAUAAUACUGACUGAGGCACAACGGGGGACUUGGAGCUAAUUCUCAUUAUCAGUAGAUGAUUAAUAAGGUUUUGUGCUUCAAAAAACAUCCAAACUACUUAAAUAAAUUCUUCACUAGAAGCUCAGAGACAGGUUUAGUCGUCAUUUGUCGUUUCAUAAAAACUUGGCACCAAAGUUAUCCAGCACUAUGCAGUUUAUUUAAAUGCUCAGAAUGCUGCAAAAUAAUCAGGUUUUCAUUUAAUAAUACUAAAAGUAUUUGGGGUUUUUUUUUUGGCAUUAAACAGACCUUUCCUAAUGCUCAUUUUGGUAAUUAAUACAUUUAAAAAAAAACAAAAAAAAACUACUGCACUGUAAGUACUACUAUUAAAGGUGCCCUGCCACACGUAUUUCAUUACUUUUGUGGUAAUGUCUGAAGUUUACCAUGGACUCUGUAACUUUUUUUGUGGAAAUAAUGCCUUGGUUACCUUGUUUCAAGCCAUUCUAAUGUGGUAUAGAAAGCCUGCAGGAAGACUCGGCUCGAUUUGCACCAGUUCUCAUGAAUAUUCAAAUGAGCUAUGCUGCUUGGCUCCGAUUGGCUAACCGCUAGGAUAUGAGAGCAUGACUAUUCAUUCACCCAGCGCAAUAAGUAACCUAGUCUAGAGGAAAUUUGUUUACAAUCACCUUGAAUUGAGGCAGAAUGGCUUCUUCACAAGCCCGUUGACGUUCAGCCAUCCUUGCUGUAUAGGAAACUCACUGAGCUGCACGAAUUCUGGGGGCGCGGCCUCAAGUGGGAGAGCUCAUGAAUAGUAAUGAGCUCAGUCACUCUGACGUCAGACUGAGCAGCUUUUCAAACUGAUCUGAUUUCUCCCCUUAUUUCUUUUAAGUGGCUAGAACUGACCGGGGAGGUAACAGUGCGUUAUCAAAUUCACGACACAACACAAACACAUAUGGACCUGAUACAUAUCAAAAAAUACAAGUAAAAACGGUUUUGUGUGGAAGGGCACCUUUAAGGUUCAUUUCUAACAUGCCAAAGCAAAUUCUUCCUGCAUUCCUUUGAUUAUCAUUGUGGAUGAUGUUAACCAGAUGCUAGCACAUGGAUCUCUCUCGCUUCUCGUCAGGUUUCCUGGCAAUAGUUUUAAUCUUUAUCUUUAGUUGUUACUAUAUACAGCUAUACAGCAUAAUCUGCUUGCUAUGCUAUAAACCAGAGGAUUAACUGUAUAAAUAGAUACUUGACAGAUAUCCUGCUUAUUGUGAUGACACAUCUGCUUACAACUUUUGCUACGUUUACUAAGACGACACGACACUUCAGCGACGGAAGAAGUGUGAAAAUAAUUUAUUAGACAAAAAAACUCGUUAAACAGAUCGUUUGUAUCUUAAGUAAGCUUGCCUAUAGAGUGUUUCUAAGCACUACAGGUAGAAAAUUCGACUUCUGUGGUCGAUGGAAGUUUUCAUAGAGCGUAACGUAAUGUCAGCUUCUGUAUUCCAGCACGUAGCCUCGUACCAAUCUACUGUAAACCUAGUUUAAAUAACAGGUGCACUGCCUUGUUUGGGUGAGAAACUCAAACUAGGACGCAAUAUUUCUCACAAAGGAGGAGUUUUGCCUUAUUAGUCAUUUCUUAUUAGUAUUUACACAUGCUUCAGGUUCAAUUCAUUCUAGUUUGUGUUCACAUCCUCUUGGGGGGAAUAAAAAUAUAGCCCAAAAAAAAA